AUGACAGUAUUUCGUCCAGAGGAGGAACUCCUCCCAAAUGUCGUUGACUAUUAUGCAAAAGUCAGACCAGAUCAGCUGUAUGCUGAAUACCCCAGGUCUCCUACCAGUUAUGACGAGGGAUUCCGUCCCAUUUCCUACCGAGCAUUUGCAAAUGCGAUCAAUGGCAUUGCUCACUGGUUGACAAAAACUCUCGGCCCAGGCAAUGGCGAGAAUCUAGCUUAUAUUGGUCCCAAUGACCUACGAUAUCCGGCUUUGGUCUUGGGUGCUGUGAAAGCCGGGUACUGCAUGUUUCUCCCCUCUCCUCGCAACAGCAUUGCCGCCCAUAAACAUCUACUCGAAACUCUCAAUUGCACGAAGAUUCUCGCUCCCGUUCCGCGGCCGCCAUUUAUCACUGCUAUUCUAGACGCGCUGCCAUUGUCAGUGUACGAUAUUCCAAGUGUUGACGAGUUGCUCGCUACGGAUUACCCACAUUUCGAGUAUACCAAAUCCUAUCCGGCAGAUCGAGACGACAAAUUUGCCAUUGUUCAUACCUCCGGCUCUACUGGCCUCCCUAAACCAAUUAUCUGGAAGUUAUCCACGGGAUGUGCACACACGCGCAUGUUCUACCUAUAUCCGCCCGAGGGAUUUGAAAACCAACAUGGGUGGUCCAUUGGAAAAAGACAGUUCAUGCCUUUGCCGCCUUUCCAUGCCGCAGGUCUAGCCAGCUUGACUUUCCUCAAUAUCCCCGCAAAUGUGACUUGUAUUCUUCCUACCGCCGCGGGACUCCCCACGGCCUCUGCUCUGGUUGAAGCUAUGAAACAGACACCGAUGGACAUGGCCAGUCUCGUGCCGUCAAUUGUGCAAGAGUUGGCACAAGAGCCAGAACUUCUAGAUUAUUGCGCCCAAAAUCUGGAAUACUGCUUUUAUAUGGGCGGUGAUCUACCUCAGGCAAUUGGUGACAAAGUCGCGGCCAAGAUCAGGCUCUACAAUCACUAUGGAUCAUCUGAGGUAGGACUUCUCGCUCCGAUUUAUGCGGUCAAUAAACGAGAUCGAUCGAAGGAUUGGAGGUAUGUCCAGUUUCAUCCGGAUGUGGGAGCCGAGUUCCGCCAGGCUACUGAGACAGAGUAUGAGCUUGUUGUGGUCCGAACACCAACAAGCGAGAAAUAUCUGAUGCCAUUUACAAUCUUCCCAGAUCAGGAAGAGUUCUUCACGCGUGAUCUAUUCGUCCGCCAUCCAGAUCCUAAUAAGUCUGAUUUAUGGCGCUGGAGCUCUCGCUCUGAUGAUGUGAUUGUUUUUCUUAAUGGCGAAAAGACAAACCCCGUUUCCAUGGAACAGCACAUUUUGGCCGCCAACCCCGGCAUCACUGGUGUUGUGGUAGCUGGUGCACAGCGGUUUCAGGCUUCCUUGAUUAUUGAAUAUGGUGGUCAGAAGCUGCAUUCGACUGAAUGGGCUGCUACCAUUGAAAGUAUCUGGCCCAGUAUUGAAGAAGCAAACAAGGCUUGCCCUGCUCAUGCCAGAAUUUCUCGAACUCAUAUCCUCUUCACCGCUCCUGACAAGCCGUUCCCUCGUGCUGGUAAGGGUACCAUUCAGCGAGCCGCUGCGUUGACUUUGUACUCCUCGGAGCUGGAGACGUUGUAUGCACAUGCAGAUCGCCUAGGCUUGAAUGGUGAAGACGAGCCCACUGGGCCUGGGCGUGUCAGUGAUGUUGAGCAAAUUUCCGAGUUCAUUGUGCAGACUCUAGCCUCGAUCACUGGGUGGACUUCUGAUCAAAUCAAGACCUCGGAGAAUUUCUUCCAUUUAGGAUUGGACUCUCUGCAGACCAUCACAGCAACGCGAUCUUUCAAGCGUGGCUUUGAUCUGCCCUCUUUCAGCCCUAAUCUCAUCUAUCUGCACCCAUCGCUCUCGAGUCUCACACAUGCAACCUUGAAGCUCAUGGAGCAUGAUCAGGUUUCCGAAAAGGCAGUCAAGGAAGCACAACUGCAAGAAAGAGAGGAAAUACUGAACGAGUUUAUCGCCAAGAUUGAUGGUCCUCACAUCGAUGCAGCAAGCGAAAAUCUUCCAACCUCGCAUACCGUCUUGCUUACCGGCUCUACGGGCACAUUGGGCACAUACAUUCUUGAUGUACUUCUCAAGGAUCCGUCAGUCUCGCACAUACACUGCCUCAACCGCAGAGCAGACAGUGCUGAAAUCCAGCGCCAAAAGAGCACAUUCUACCAUUUGGACUCUACUUUAGACUCUUCCCGAGUGACCUUCUGGCAUGCAGAUCUAUCUCAAAAUGACCUCGGAUUGGAACCAGAGUCAUUGAAGCUACUUCAAGAGUCAACUACCGCUAUCGUCCACAACGCUUGGAACGUGAACUUCAACCUCUCCCUCCCAUCAUUCAACCCCGAUUUGCUAGGCUUGGUCAACCUGAUCAAUUUCACUGCAACUGCUUCAAAUGCACCGAAUCUGUUCUUCCUCUCCUCUAUCAGCUCCGUCAUGGGCCAUGAAACCGACUCUCAUCUGACACCAGAGAGUAUCAUUUCCACCGACACCCCCGCCCCGAACGGAUAUGCAACCAGCAAAUACAUAGCUGAGAGGCUCUUGGGCCAUGCAGCUCAGACACGUGGAAUCCGCACAUCCUUUGCCCGCGUUGGUCAAGUAGCCGGUGCAGUCCGCACACCUGGUCUCUGGAACAAAGCCGAGUAUUUCCCCAGUCUGGUGAAAAGCUCAUUGCAGAUUGGCGCCGUUCCAGAUACUGUCGGUGCAACACUCGACAGAAUCGAUUGGGUACCUAUCGAUCUCCUCGCAGAUGUUUUGACUGGUCUGGCGCUACGUGAAUCCCAGCCAAGUCACGUAAAUGUCUACCACCCGUUAAACCUCCACCCAACGACGUGGAGCAGCAUCAUCGCCACUAUCGCCGAUGAACUUUCCCAGAUUUCCGGCGGUAAACAUAUGGAGUCUGUCGAUUUGUCCGAGUGGGUGCAGCGGGUACGACAGGAUAUCGAGACCUCUGGUGGUAGUCAGAGAAAGGUGGGCGAGUCGGACCUGCGGGCACUUUUGGAGAAGAACCCGGCUGCCAAACUGAUUGAGUUCUUUGAAGGGGUUGUCUCUGUGCAAUCUGAGAAUAUCUUGGAUACGCAGGGGACUGCUAGUUUUAGUGAGAAGUUGAGGUCUAUUGAGGGUAUCAAGGAGGAGUGGAUUCGUAAGUGGGUCAGGGAGUGGAUGUAG